AUGGUUAAUAGGGGAAGAUCACUUCGGUCUGAUUUCGAGAUGACCUCCGCCCAGAGCAGUGGGAGGAAUGCGGGCCAUUUGUCGUCCACGGUUGCAGGGCAUCCAGCAAGACAUUUUAGACAGUUUACAACGAGAUCAAGGACGAAGAGUGCUGCGAGUUUCAAGAAUUUGCAUAGGGUGCUGAGUCAUGAUGGAACCACCGAUUUUGAUAAUCACGGUAACGCAGCUAGCACUUUUGUCAAGAGCAAGAGCUCUGAUACUCUUUACAGGAAGCGGGCAAUAAGUGGAUUGAACAUGACGAAUUUGACCAGAGUCCGUUCCAAUCCGGGGCAUAAUUUCAGGAGCCGGUCCGGAUCUAUGGCAUCUGCUCAUAGCCUAGGAGCGGGCGCAGGGACGUCGAGAUUAAGGCCAAGCAGAAGCAAGAGCACUCAUUUGGUGGUAGACAUGCACGAAGGAGAUGAGCUAUUUGACAACGAUACCACAACUGACGAGGAAGUAGAGUAUUUCACCGAUGAGGAAGAUGAAGCGUCUAACAAAGGUCAGAAAUCGGCGGCGGACUUGAAGCAGCAAACAGAGCGGGAGGAGCAAGAUGAGAAGGAGCCAAUUGAGUCGCACGAGAUCUUUGAAAAGUCCAAUUCAAUUUCAAAAACUUUGAGCAACUUAACUGCUCCACUGGAGGAGUAUGAGGAGAGAGAAGCGGUAAUUAAUCAACCUAUGCACCAAACGCCUUCCGGUUUACUGAGAGGACACUCAGAUGAAAGAGCUGAUACGGGUGUUUCAGACUUUUUAGCGCCAGAUCUUGGCAACACUGGUGGUAGUCGAUCAAACGGUGAUCAUCACAUUCAUCAUGACGGGGAAGAUCACAUCAGUAAUUCCAACCUGAAUGUUUAUGAAACAGAUACUUUGAUUGCCAAUAGCCUGGAAAGACAGAACAAUGGCUAUAUGAAGGAGGGUCUCUCACAGCUGCCGAAUCAGGAUGAGCGACCUGCAAACGGUGGCCAGGUCGAUGAGUUUUCUCAACGUAGAAAUAGCGCUACAGAGCAGUACAUUCCUAGUAUGAUACUCUCCCAAUCGACAGGGGCGGUCAGGAGAUUUGAACAGCCGCCCUCUAUCCAAAAUUCUCUUUCAAACAACUAUCAUGGAGCUAGCGUUGAUGAUGUGAUUCAAGAUAAAGAAGCUAAUAGCCGCAAGCAGGACAUCCACUCUGAUUCGAAAAAUUGUGCUUCGAAAUCCGCUACAGAAAUGGAAGGAAAUUCACAACAUUAUUCGAACGGUACAUCCUCAGCUGCUGAUCGGAAUCAUUUCUCGACUUCAAUAUCAAGCCUGACCAAUAGCCUACUUAGAACCGCUCCUAAUGGUCUGCAUAGCAGUACUCGCAUGAGUCAUUUGAUGCGCAAGAGGACAUCGCAGAACAGUCUCAUUAGAUCCGACCUUCGAUCGGCCAAUGGAACUGAUGCCCCAACUUCAGCUCUUCAUCGAGAGAAUGCUGCCUCUGUUUCUUCUAUCAAUAAUUUUGCUCAGUUCUUAAAAUCAGAUGUUAUGGAUGGCGAAUCUAGAACACAGCGGAAGUUGUGGUUACAAAGAGAGAACUCUAUAAUGGAUCUAAGUGCACAUAAUGAUGGUGGUGACUCCGUUUUCAUGGCAAGCAACAUUGAGGUGAAGCGAGAGUUUGAAAGGAUUUCACAUGAGUAUACAAACGUUAGACGAUUCUGCAAUCCCGUCGAAGAAGCUCUCUCAAGAGUGGACAUUGGUCAGAACGUGGUUGGAGUAAGAAGGUCGAAAAUACCUGACACUGACAUUGUGGACACACUUUUUCCCGAUGACGGUGCCAAAGACAACAAAGUCGACCAGUUUCUUCCAAAAACACAAGAUACUAAGUUACACAGGAUUUUAUCUUCUAUAUGGAAGGAUGAAACUGCUCUUUUUAAUAAAGAUACUAAUCCAGUAAGCGGAAUAAGGACGACCGGAUCAACUCACCAUUCCCUACAGCCGAACCGUAGCUCUUUGAGGAGUGGAUUUGGAUCAAGCACGACGCUUCAGCAUCAAAGGACGAUCAACUCUCUUCAACCAACGACCCGGGCGGUCAAUCGAAGAAUGGAGAAUGCUAUUCAUCAUCAACAGCGUCUAUAA